AUGGCUCUCAUCAUCGAUGGUUACGAUAAAUUUGCGGCCUUCAUCACGUGGCACCCAUCAGUACAAUUCAUCCAUCUUCAAUGGACAGACUACACCUCCACCGUCCGGGUCCGGAUUCUCACCCUCCGCCACUUCCAGGCCCUUCUCGAAGCCAAAACAAACCUUGCCCUGUGCCGACACUAUCUGUGCCUCAUUGACAUCGGGCUCCCACUCACAAACGUCGACCCUGGCCGCCCUGCAGGACAGAGCUUCCUCCUCCCCGACUUCAACACCAUCCACCUUUGCCCGAGCCUGAACACCGCAGAAGAACACGCCGUUCUUUUAUGCUACUUUGGCAACGGAACCCCCCUCCAUCAAGAAAUCCACCACUCCCCCCUCACCCUUUCCGCCCCCUUCUGCCCCCGCCGCGCUCUGCUCCAAGCCAUUCAAGCAGGCGAGGAAAUCGGCCUCUACUUCCGAGUCGGCUUCGAGCUCGAAUUCAGCGCCGUUCAGCCCAAACACAGUGCCAAAACAGCAGAAAUCCACGCCUCCUCCGGCCUCCGCGCCAUAGAGUCCUUCAUGCUCCCCGUGCUAUCCACCAUCACCAAACAGCUCGAGUCCGCGGCAAACGUCCCUGUUGAACAGUUCCACUGCGAGGGAAGCGACAAUGCCUACGAGCUAGUGCUAGGCCACUUGCCCCCCAUGGAAGCAGUAGAUGGUCUCGUCACCGCCAAGGAGACCACCCGACGAGUGUGUAGGGAGAAUGGGAUUGAGGUGCUGUUUAAUCCCACCAUGCCCGAGAUCAACGGGUUGCACACGAAUAUUUCGGUGCAGAGUCUGCGGGGUGAGGUUGGGGAGGUGGAGGAGAGUUUUCUUGCUGGGGUGAUGCAGCAUUUGGGGGCGUUGUGCGCGUUUGCUAUGCCUAGGCCGGAGGGGUAUGCCCGGACGAGGGCGGGGCAGUGGUGCGCGGGGAGGUGGGUUUCUUGGGGGACGGAUAACAGGGAGGGGCCGGUUAGGAAGAGGGGGAGGGUGUGA